AUGGGUCCUCCUACGAACUUGGAGCUCAACGCCAAGCGGGAGGAGCACUGCAUACAAGUGACCCCCGAGCGAAAAUAUUAUCGUUAUGGAGAUACCUGGGUCAAACGAAGCCUCAAGCCCUCCGAGUGGCAGAAGCACGGCGGGUACAUGUUUGUGCCCAAGUUCAGCACCGAGAGGGUACUGAACGAAGGGGCGUGCCUGGCGUUUCUGGCCGAGCACACCGAGAUACCGGUGCCGCGACUGUACGCGUGCUUUGAGGACGACGGGGCCGCGUACCUCAUCACCGAGUUCGUCGAGGGCACGCCCAUGAGCCAGCUGCCGCCAGAGCAGCAGAAGCACGUCGUGGUGGAGCUGGAGCAGCACCUGGCCACGCUCAAGGAUAUUGCGUCUGCGAACUGGGGAGGGCCUACAGGAUAUGUCCUGCCCCCUUACCGCGUCAUGAGGAGAUCCAAAGGCCACCCGUGGCACAUGCGACGGCGCGACGACGACAGCCUCGUGUUUUGCCACAACGACCUCUCGGCCAGCAACGUCCUCGUGGACCCCUACACGCUCAAGAUCAACGCCAUCGUCGACUGGGAGUACGCGGGCUUCUACCCGCCCGAGUUCGACAGCCCCUUUUACCUGCGCGCGGGGCCCCCGGUGGCGCUGCAGGGCGAGUACGACGACGUGGACGAGCUCUGCCGCAUCAUCGACUCGGAGCGCGUCUACCUCGAGAACCAGCAGCACACCGCCCCGCAGACGCCCGUGACGCCGUACGGUCCGCCCGGCGCUCGGGGGUCUGGUCAGUCGGCUGCCGGGUCGAAUGGCCAGCAUCCGCAGCAGCAGCAGCAGCAGCAGCAACAACAACAACAACAGCAGACGGGAGGGGGCCCGAACGGUGGGCCGAUGAGGAAACCGGGACCGCCUCCGCAGGCGCAGUUUGCGCACCAGGGCAACAACCAGAACGGAGGGCACGGAGGGCAACAGCAGCAGCAACAACAACAACAACAACAACAGGGCAUGGGAGGGCGGCCGUUCUUGGGUCCCGGGGCAUCGUUCACGGCGCAGCGGUCCAUCAGCCCCGGACUGCAUGCGCAACGUGCCGUGAGCCCUGGGCUUCAUGCUCAGCGCUCGGUGAGUCCCGGUGUUGCGCACGGGUACGGUGGACAGAAGGAAAAUGGUGGGCAGAACGGGCAUUAU